AUGUAUAUAUAGAGAGAGAGAGAAAAAAGAGGAGACUUCUUUGAAACCAGGAAACGCCGAAGAUAUACAGCAGCUCGAGAUUCGCCGGAGAGAUGGCGUCGUUCGAAGCGUACAGCAUGGAUGGAGAUGUGUCGGCGCGUGCUUAUGAAGACGGCGGAUACACCGGCUAUGAUGAAUCGUACGCCGCCUUCUCAUCUGCCGACGCGCCGCCGUACUCCGGCGCGGCUUACACUCCGGAGUACGGUGAGUCGGAGGAUGUGCCUGUGGAUCGCGCGAACAGCUCAGAUCCAUUUGGAUUCGAGCCUAAUAAUGAUAAUUUCGGAGCAUCUGGUGGCUCCGUUCCGAUCUCGAAUGGAAAUGGAAACUCGCCUUUUGACGUUGGGGGUGAUUCCGAGACACUAUUCUCUUCCGAUGGACCGAUCCUCCCGCCGCCCGGCGAGAUGCAAGAGGAAGGAUUCGCUCUUCGUGAAUGGAGGAGACUAAAUGCAAUUCGUCUCGAGGAGAAGGAAAAGAAGGAAAAAGAAAUGCGAACCCAAAUUAUCGAAGAAGCCGAAGAGUACAAACAGGCCUUUUACGAGAAAAGAAAGCUUAAUGUAGAGACAAACAAGAACAUCAACCGAGAGAAAGAGAAGCUAUACAUUGCCGGCCAAGAAAAGUUCCACAAAGAAGCCGAUAAACAGUACUGGAAAGCCAUAGCCGAGCUCAUCCCCAACGAAGUGCCCAACAUCGAAAAGCGGGGAAAGAAGAAGGAUCAAGACAAGAAACCGUCGAUCACUGUCGUCCAAGGCCCCAAACCCGGCAAACCAACCGAUCUUUCAAGAAUGCGCGGAAUAUUGGUGAAACUGAAGCACAACCCCCCACCCCACAUGCUACCACCCCCACCCCCGCCCGCCAAGGACAAGAAAGACGCGAAACCCGCCAAAGAUGCAUCUCCCGACGCAACUGCACCCGGGCCAAAAGAGACACCCGCCACUAAAGAUUCCGUCUCCAAUGGCACUACAGAAGCAUCGGAAGAACCUGCAGUCACCCCUGCCAACGACCAGCACGCUACCUAAAUGUUACUACUCUGUCGAAUUCUUGUUAAUUCACUGUUUUUACGACUUUUUAUGCUUUUGGAACCAUCCUCAGUCGAACUGUCUGCUCAAUUCGAUACCACAUUUCUAUGUUUUCCCCUAGUUAAGGAUUGAAUUCAUAUUUUUGUAGUGUAAGAUGUUUGAACAGUUGUCCUGGCGUCGGCAUUGUUGUUGUAAUUUCGUUUUCCCUGUAGUGUAUACUUCAGCGCUCUA